AUGAAUUAUUCAAUAUCAGUGAUCUAUUUUCUCUUCCUAAUCUUCUCACCCCGAAUCACCGGUCUUCCAUCUACUGUGAGCGGCACUGACACAGAUACGCAAACAUACGAUGUCUGCAUUCUGGGCGGAGGAGCAACAGGCACAUACGCUGCCAUUCAACUUCAAGAUCGUGGAAAGCGGGCUGUGGUGAUUGAGCCGAAGAAUCAGCUCGGUGGCCACACGGAAACCUUCUACCUUCCCAGCGGUAGCUACGUCGAUUAUGGGGUCCAGGGCGCCUUCGACGACAAACUUAGCCGGAAGUUCUUCAACCGCCUGGGCGUAAAGUGGCACCGCACUGUUCCCAGCUUCACCGGGCAGGACUUUGUGGAUUUUACCACCGGUCGAAUCGUGGAGUCGCCAGUCGGGCUCGUCCAGUCGCUGCUUGCGAUCGUCCGAUAUCGCCUGGCACUCAGACGAUUCCCCUUUCUUGACAAGGGCUUUUAUGACCUGCCGGAUCCAGUCCCAGAGGUGAUGUUCCGUCCCUUGCGAGAAUUCAUCGAGGAGAACUCACUCGAGAACGCGAUUCCGAUGUUGUUCUUCUGGGCCCACACGGUGGGUGAUAUGCUGGACAAGCCCGCAAUUUAUACCCUCCUGGACUUUGGUGUCCCGCAGAUCUCUGCCAUGCUGGGCGGAUACAUUACGCCAGAGAGGGGGAUGUACGAGCUGUAUCGCCAAGCGGCGACACUGCUUCCCAAUGUGCAUUACCAAAGCAAAGUCGUCAAGGCCAAACGCUCCGACGCUGGGGUCACGCUCACAGUCCAGCAUCUCAACGGAAACCAAACCACAAUCCAAGCCAAGCAACUCCUUAUCACGCAUCCACCAACCAUGGAGAAGCUCCAGGGAUUUGAUCUCGACGCGGAGGAGAGGGAACUCUUCAGCAAGUGGAUCUGGCGCAAUUAUUAUGUAGGGGUGAUCAAACAGCAUGGCAUUCCUGAUGGACGUUAUGUCUCGAACACAAAUCCGCGCACGGGGCCGGGCUUCCUUCCCGAGAUGCCCUUUGAGUCCCUAAUUCAGUAUAUGGGAGUGCCGGGACAUCCAAAUACCAAAAUCGUGGGGCCGAUGAAUUUCACAGCAGACGAUGCUCGGCAGCUUGUUUUGGCAGAUUUCGCCCGCAUGAAGGACGCAGGCACCUAUUCUAUCCAAGAACCCGAGAUCGUGGCUUUCGCCGACCACUCCCCCGAGGCAUUGAUGGUGGCUCCAGAAGAUAUUCAGACGGGGUUCUACCGCCGGUUGUAUGCGCUGCAGGGGCAGAGAAGUACCUUUUAUACGGGUUUGACCUUCUGCUCAGAUUACUCAUCGCUCCUCUGGGCGUUUACAGACACCGUUCUUGAAAGGAUGCAGCAAGAAUAG